UACUGUUGCUAGGGCAGCGGGUCUCCGCAGGAGUUGGGAGUAGGAAGUUUUGGGGAGGUCAAGGGUCAGUGCGGAGUCUCUGUUGGAGAUGGUGAAGCAGACGAUCCAGAUUUUCGCUAGGGUAAAGCCCUCCGUACGGAAGCAGCAGCAAGGGAUUUAUUCCAUAGAAGAAGAUGAAAAAUUAACACCUAGCUUGGAAAUUCUCUUACCCCGGGAUCUGGCGGAUGGAUUUGUGAACAAUAAGCGAGAAAGCUACAAGUUUAGAUUUCAAAGGAUUUUUGACCAAGACGCAAAGCAAGAGAUCAUUUUCGAAAUCAUUGCCAAACCAGUUGCUGAGAGUGUCCUGGCAGGUUACAAUGGUACCAUCUUCGCGUAUGGGCAGACAGGCAGUGGCAAGACGUUCACCAUCACAGGUGGGGCCGAGCGCUACAGCGACAGAGGCAUCAUCCCAAGGACUCUGUCAUAUAUUUUUGAGCAGUUGCAAAAGGACAGCAGCAAGGUCUACACGACACACAUUUCUUACUUGGAAAUCUACAAUGAAUGUGGCUACGACCUGCUGGAUCCGAGACAUGAAGCCUCCAAACUGGAAGAUCUGCCGAAAGUGACAACAUUGGAGGAUCCUGAUCAGAACAUUCACCUGAAAAACCUGUCUCUUCAUCAGGCGACAACCGAGGAGGAAGCUUUGAACUUGCUCUUCUUGGGGGACACCAACAGGAUGAUUGCAGAGACUCCUAUGAACCAAGCUUCAACCCGAUCACACUGUAUUUUCACUGUUCACUUGACCAGCAAGGAGCCAGGAUCUGCUACCGUCCGACAUGCUAAGCUCCAUUUGGUUGACCUGGCUGGGUCAGAGCGUGUGGCAAAGACUGGAGUCGGAGGUCUGCUUCUGACAGAGGCCAAGUACAUCAACUUGUCACUGCACUACCUGGAGCAGGUCAUCAUUGCCCUUUCGGAAAAGCACCGCACACACAUCCCUUACAGGAACUCCAUGAUGACGAGCGUGCUCAGAGACAGUCUGGGGGGCAACUGCAUGACCACUAUGAUCGCCACGCUCUCUCUAGAGAAGAGGAACAUUGAUGAGUCCAUCUCUACCUGCAGAUUCGCUCAGCGAGUGGCCCUCAUCAAAAACGAAGCCGUCCUCAAUGAAGAAAUUGACCCCAGACUGAUGAUUGUCCGCUUGCAAAAGGAGAUUGCAGAUCUGAAGGCGGAGCUGGCCGUGGCCACCGGGGAGUUGAGGACAGAGGCACUCACCGAAGCAGAGCUCCAUCAGCUGGAAAAACUAAUAGCAUCCUUUUUGGAAGACCAAGAUCCAGAGAGUAGACUGGAAGUUGGCGCCGAUAUGCGUAAAAUCCAUCACUGUUUUCAUCAUUUUAAGAAGCUGCUGAAUGACAAGAGCGCCAUAAAGAAUCCCGUCUCCUCUGAAAGCACACACCAGGCAUGCCAAGAGCCGUUGGAAGGCGAAGAAUAUACGAAGCUCCGAGACCUUCUCAAGCAGAGGGACAAUGAGAUCAAUAUCCUGGUCAACAUGUUAAAAAAGGAAAAGAAGAAAACUCAGGAUGCCCUGUACCUAUCUAGCAUGGAGAAGAAUGAGGCCAGGACACCACAGAACUCACCCUUCAUUUCUAAGAGCCCAGCAAGUCAGAGCACCUCCGUCUCCUCAGUCCUGAGCCAGGACCAUAGCAUCUACAGGCACAGCUCCAGUUUGCUCCACAAAAAAACAGGAAUGAGAGAGGAGAUGUCCCUGGGACGCCAGGAGGCUUUUGAAAUUUUCAAGAGGGACCACGCUGACAGUGUCACCAUCGAAGACAACAAACAGAUUCUGAAGCAGAGAUUUUCUGAAGCAAAGGCUCUGGGAGAAAGUAUAAAUGAAACAAGAAGUAAGAUUGGUCAGCUAAAGGAUGCCAUCACCCAGAGGCACCUACAGCAGGUAGCUCUUGGAGUCUCAGAGAACACGGUCACACCCUCCCUGCCUGACCUCCAGGAAGAGAAACUGCGUUCCCAACUGGAAGAGGAGAAGAGCAGGUACAAAUCGACGUUCAUGCGCCUGAAAGCCCUGAAGGUGGAGAUUGAGCACCUGCAGCUGCUCAUGGACAAAGCCAAGCUGAAGCUGCAGAAGGAGUUCGACGUCUGGUGGGCUGAGGAGGCCGCCAGCCUGCAGGUAAACUCCCCAGCCGCAAAUCCUCAGGAGGGUGUGAAGCCGGUGCCACAGCAGGACCAGCCACGGCAUCUCUCCAAGAAAAGUUCUCAAAGAUGGGAAGCUGAAGAUGGAGCUGACAGUGUGGACAUCUGUGAUAGAAAUGCCAGAAGAAUCCUCCCCUCCCCUCGCCCCAGUGAGCACAGCCAAGGGUCCAGUAGCUCCAGGACACAGCUACAAGGCAGCAUCUCCGAAAAGCAGAUAUCAUCCAUCCCUCUCACGGGAGACAGCCAGACAGAUUCCGACAUCCUGGCAUUCAUCAAGGCCAGACAGAGCGUGCUGCAGAAGAAAUGCCUGGGAAGUAACUGAAUUUCUGAUGGGAUUCCAACCGUGUCCUGCAAAUGGAAUGACUGAUGUGAAGACAAAGACCCUGCCCCUCACUGUGACCUCAGAUACAACAUAAAGCCACCCCAGAGCAGCUGGCGAAUGUGAG